AUGGAUGUGUCUACAGCAGUCAAAGGUCAUCGAAAGUCCAAGUCUGGUGCUAAAGUGAACAAACAAAAGCGUAAAGAUUAUGAAAAACAAAAAAAAGAGCAGCCAUCCUUAGCUGAACAACGUAAAAAUCCCAAAGCUUUUGGUGUUGCAAAAGCUGGUCGGGCACGCAAGACCAUUCAACGCAACUUGGACCGUGCACAUCGUAAGGAAUAUGUACCACAACAAAACCGGGAUGAAAAUUUACCACCACCUAUUUCUGUCGUUGUGAUGGGGCCACCUGGUAGUGGCAAGAGUACUGUAAUUCGUUCAUUAGUGAAACGAUAUACUCGUCAUAAUCUUGUUGAAGUGAAAGGACCAGUGACGGUAGUAAGUGGAAAAGACCGUCGUAUCACUUUUUUUGAAUGUCCGAAUGAUUUAAACGCUAUGAUUGAUCUUGCCAAGAUUGCCGACCUUGUCUUGCUACUGGUGGAUGCAAGUUUUGGGUUUGAAAUGGAAACCUUUGAGUUUCUGAACAUCCUGCAAGUGUCAGGAUUUCCAAAAGUGAUGGGUAUUUUGACCCAUUUGGAUGGGUUUCGAAAGACCAAAAGUCUUCGGAAAACGAAAAAACGACUCAAAGCACGUUUUUGGACUGAAAUUUAUCAAGGCGCCAAACUUUUUUACUUUUCUGGAAUCUCAGCCAACAAAUAUCCAAAAGGAGAGAUUAAUAAUUUAUCCUUGUAUAUUUCCAGGAUGAAAUUUCGACCACUGACAUGGCGAAAUUCACAUUCUUAUAUGUUGGUGGAUCGGUUUGAGGAUGUGACAGCACCGAAUGAUAUUCAACAUAAUCCAAUGGUGGAUCGACGUGUGACAUUGUAUGGAUAUUUGCGUGGUACCCAUUUGAAACCCGAUAUGAAGAUGCAUAUUGCAGGUGCAGGUGAUUUCUAUAUGGACAGUGUCACGGCAAUGCCUGAUCCAUGCAAUGUACCAUCGAGCAAAAUAGGUGUGGACAAAAAUGGAAAGAAGAAACAUUUGACUCAGAAAGAUACGCUCUUGUAUGCACCAAUGUCGGAUGUUGGCAACAUUAUGUACGACAAGGAUGCCAUGUAUAUUAAUUUGAGCCAGUUGAAUUACACGAACCCGGACACUGGAGAUGUUGUGGCUGAUGAGUACGAUGCAGAUGACAUAGAGAUUACAGGAAAAAGUGGGAUGCGUAUUGGAUUGGGCGGUGAAGGUGUUGAGAUGGUUCAGAGUAUGCAAAAGAUGGAUGUUGGUCUUGAUGAAAGGCUGAAGGGUGCCAGUCUGUCACUUUUUAAGAGCACCGCUGCUAUCCGUGCAGACGAAGUAGACAGCGACGAGGAGGAAGAGGAAGAUGACACUGAUGAUGACAGCGAUGAUGACGAUGACGAUGGACAAGCCAAUAUAGGCAAACCUAAGGAAGCUAUUGUUCGUGACAGUACUGGUCGGAUGCGUCGACGAGCAGUAUUCGACGAGGACGAGGAGCCCAGUGCGAUCUUGAACAGCAGUGCCGUUUCAGAUUCAGACGAUGAUGACGACGACGAUGACGAUGACGACGAUGGUGACAGCGACGACGAAGAUGAGAAAGAGGUCACUGAAGAGCAGUCGCAGCUGCGGUGGAAGGAGAAUAUGGUUUCUCGUGCCGCUGCUAAUUUCUUGGAGCGAGAACAGUCCGAUGUCAACCUGAUGGAACUUGUGUACGGUGAGCGCCAAAAGCUUCACAUGACUGAGCGCGAUUUGGAAAACGGGGAGGAAACUAAGAAUGGCAAAUGCGCGUUAAAUGAAGAUAACGACGAUGACGACGACAGCUUUUUCACGCUGAAGCGAAAAUCUAACGCUUUGGGAGUGUCUUCGUCAGCAUCCGAAAAGUACAACGCUAUUAAUGCGAUUGAUUGCUCUCGUUUGCAUCUGGGCUCUGAUGAUGGGAACGACUGGACGAUGCCAGAUGUCCUUGAAAACCUUCGUAACCGGUUUGUGACUGGAUCGUGGAAACGCACUAACAAGAAAAGCAGCAACGAUGAUGGUGAAGAGGAUGUCGAUGAUGUCAAUGCUGACCCAACGAACGAUGACGAAAUGGACGGUUCUUUCGAAAAUUUGGAGACUGGUGAGGUUCACAAGGGUGCUGAUAGUGUCGAUAGUGGUAUGAACAACAGUGGGGAAAGCGACGACGAGGGAGAUAACGUAGAGACCGAUGAACAAAUUCGCGAGCGUCUCCGUGCGCAGAAGUCAACGAAGCGAGUAGAGGAUGAUGAUGAUGACGUGGAAGUUGGUGGCCAAAAGAAAAGCAAGGAUGACGAGGAUGAAGAAUUGACAGAGGUUAUGGUCGAAGCCAAGCGCCUUCGCGAAGAGCAGGCACAGCGUAAUGCAGAGGAGUUUGGUGAAGAAGGUGAGGACAUGCGGCUUCAGCUGGAAGGCUUUCGUAACGGACUUUAUGUCCGAAUUGAGUUCUCAGGCGUGCCCGCUGAAUUUGUCCGGUAUUAUGAUCCAAAGAAUCCGAUCGUUGUGGGUGGUCUGCCUACUAUGGAGGACACCCUAGGGCUCGUUCGCAUGCGCUUUAAGAAACACCGUUGGCACAGGAAGAUUCUAAAGACCAAUGACCCGCUGGUAUUCUCCAUCGGUUGGCGGCGGUUUCAGAGCUUGCCUGUAUAUUCGAUCGAAGACACGAAUGAACGUCAUCGCUAUCUGAAGUACACACCAGAACACAUGCAUUGUCAUGCUACGAUUUUUGGACCCAUGUGCCCGCCCAACACUGGCGUAGUGGCCUUUCAGACAUUGUCAAAUAAUGCCGAAGGGUUUCGCGUCAGUGGUACUGGCGUCGUACUGGAACUGGACCACAAGUUUAAUGUGGUGAAGAAGCUCAAGCUGAUCGGUACGCCGAGCAAAAUUCACAAGAACACUGCCUUCAUCAAGGGCAUGUUUAACACAGAACUGGAAGUGGCCAAGUUUGAGGGCGCCAGUGUUCGCACUGUGAGUGGUGUACGUGGUCGGAUCAAGAAAGCACUUCGCGGCGAGAAGGGUGAUUUCCGUGCCACCUUCGAAGACAAGAUUCUGAAAAGUGAUUUGGUGUUCUGCCGCACAUGGGUGCCCGUUGAUCCCAAACAAUUGUACAACCCUGUGACGUCUUUGCUCACGAACGUCAUGGGCUCCAAAAAGAGUACGUUAGGGCUCAUGAAGACCACGUACGAGCUUCGCAAGGCGCAAAAGUUGGCAGUACCUGUGAACCCAGAUUCGCUAUACAAACCUAUCCUGCGUACCGAACGCAAGUUUGCUGCGCUGAAGGUGCCGAAGAAGUUGCAGGCUAACUUGCCGUUUGCCAGUAAGCCUAAGGAGGACAAGAAGAAGGGUGUCAAGAAGGGCUACCUGGCCAGUCGUGCGGUUGUGCUGGAGCCAGAGGAGAAAAAGAAGUAUGGUUUCAUGCUUCGCGUUAAUACUGUACGUCGCGACCGUGAGGCCACACGUAAGGAGCGACAGAGCCAACGCAACGCAGAGAACCUGAAGCGCAAACGGCGCGAGGAGAAACAGUUUGAAGGCGUGCACAAAGCAGAGAAGAAGGCAAAGUAUCGUGCAGAGGGUAAGGAGACGGCUUUCCGUGCAAUGAAGGCAUCAGGCAGCUAG